GCUGCGAAUCGGCGGGCGCGGCGGCGGAAGAAGCCUCGCGAGAGUCUGGGCACGGGCGCAGCGGCGGGAGCGGCGGGCCGAGCGGCGGGAGCGGCGGGCCGAGCGGCGGGAGCGGCGGGCCGGGCCCGCGGAGCCGCCGGCAUGACGGGCCGCGUGUGCCGCGGCUGCGGCGGCACCGACAUCGAGCUGGAUGCCGCGCGCGGCGACGCCGUGUGCACCGGCUGCGGCUCGGUGCUCGAGGACAACAUCAUCGUGUCCGAGGUGCAGUUCGUGGAGAACAGCGGCGGCGGCUCGUCGGCCGUGGGCCAGUUCGUGUCGCUGGACGGUGCCGGCAAAGCCCCAUCCCUGGGCGCAGGCUUCCACGUGAACCUGGGGAAGGAGUCGCGAGCCCAGACCCUGCAGAACGGCCGGCGCCAGAUCCACCACCUGGGGAGCCAGCUGCAGCUGAACCAGCACUGCCUGGACACGGCCUUCAACUUCUUCAAGAUGGCCGUGAGCAAGCACCUGACCCGCGGCCGCAAGAUGACCCACGUGAUCGCCGCCUGCCUCUACCUCGUGUGCCGCACGGAGGGCACGCCGCACAUGCUCCUGGACCUCAGCGACCUGCUCCAGGUGAACGUGUACGUGCUGGGGAAGACGUUCCUCCUGCUGGCCAGAGAGCUCUGCAUCAACGCGCCCGCGAUAGACCCCUGCCUGUACAUCCCGCGCUUCGCCCACCUGCUGGAGUUCGGCGAGAAGAACCACGAAGUGUCCAUGACGGCCAUGAGGCUCCUGCAGAGGAUGAAGCGGGACUGGAUGCACACCGGCCGGCGCCCCUCGGGCCUCUGCGGAGCAGCACUUCUGGUCGCAGCCAGGAUGCACGACUUCCGGAGAACCGUCAAAGAGGUCAUCAGCGUGGUCAAGGUGUGCGAGUCCACGCUGAGGAAGAGGCUCACGGAAUUCGAAGACACCCCCACCAGUCAGCUGACCGUGGACGAGUUCAUGAAGAUCGACCUGGAGGAGGAGUGUGACCCCCCGUCGUACACGGCUGGCCAGCGGAAGCUGCGGGCGAAGCAGCUGGAACAAGUCCUGUCGAGAAAACUGGAGGAAGUGGAAGGGGAAAUCUCCAGCUACCAGGACGAAAUCGAGACUGAACUCGAAAACAGCCGGCCCAAGGCCAAGGGGGCACUGGCCAGCCUGGCGAGAGACGGCCCCAUCGAGGACACCACGGCCAGCCUGUUCGGCGAGGAGGACGCCGAGGACGAGGAGCUGGAGGCCGCUGCCAGCCACCUGAACAAGGACUUCUACCGGGAGCUGCUCGGUGGCGGCGUUCCCGGCAGCGCGGAGGCCGCGGGCAGCCCCAGUGGGAGCGGCCAGCCGCCUGCCCUGGAGUCCCUGCUCGGGCCCCUGCCCACCGCGGCCAGCCUGGGCAUCUCAGACUCCAUCCGCGAGUGCAUCUCCUCGCAGAGCCAGGAGCCCAAAGACACUUCUGGGGACGGCGAGCUGGACCUCAGCGGCAUCGACGACCUGGAGAUCGACAGGUACAUCCUGAGCGAGGCGGAAGCCCGCGUGAAGGCCGAGCUGUGGAUGCGGGAGAACGCCGAGUACCUGCGGGAGCAGCGGGAGAAGGAAGCCCGCAUCGCCAAGGAGAAGGAGCUGGGCAUCUACAAGGAGCAGAAGCCCAAGAAGCCGUGCAAGCGCAAGGAGCCGAUCCAGGCCAGCACGGCCGGCGAGGCCAUCGAGAAGAUGCUGGAGCAGAAGCGCAUCUCCAGCAAGAUCAACUACAGCGUGCUCCGCGACCUGGACAGCAAGGGCGGCGCGCAGCGGCCGGACGCGGGGCCCGAGGACAGGGCCGGGGCCAGGAAGCUGCCUCGGAGGAAGAAGCCGGCCGGCAGGAGCGGGGCCGACCCCGGGGCCAGCGUGGGGAAAAGGUUGAGGCCAAUGGUGUCCACACAGGCGGCUAAGAAGGCAGCCGUGGGAGAGACCCUGCCCCCACACCCCCCCGCCCGCGGCUGCGACCCGGGGAGGCCCGCGGCGGUGCUGGUGGAGAGCGGGCCUGUGUCGUACCACCCCGAGGAGGACGCCGAGGAGGAGGACCCGGACCCCGAGGAGGAGGACGGGGAGCCCUGCGUCAGUGCCCUGCAGAUGAUGGGCGGCAGCGAUUACGGCUGUGACGGUGACGACGAUGACGGCUACUGAGCUGAUCGCACGCGCAGCGUCCGUGGUGCAGCCUGGCUUCCGAGGGGCCAGGCCGGUCUCGGGCCCCAAGCCCAGGUGUGAGCGUGGCCUCGCCUGCCCCGCAGCCUCGUGGUCACGAGGGACGUCCCGGCACUUGUGCUGGCGCCAUGUUUUGAGCAAUGCACGGCAUGGGCCUCGCAGCGCGGGCCUGAACGGGCCUGCGUGACUGUCGGACGCGGGUCUCACGGCCCAAGACCCUCUGCAGGGUGACUGUCCUGUUCCCGUGAGGAAACCGAGGCCCAGGAGGCCCAGCGGCUCGUCCGAGGGCGUGGAGGCUGGGCUGGGCUCCAGGACACGGCUCUCAGCUCUCCGUGCUCUCUGUCGCUGGGAAGCACCGUGCUCAGCCCUCGACUCCAGCUGCCGUCCUCGGCUCCCUCCCGCCGCCGGGCCCUGGCCCGCCCAGAGCUGCACCCAGAGUCCAGAGCCAGGAGAGGUGGGCGCUCACAUCUGAGCUGGCAUCGGGCUCGGCAUCCAGAGGGAGGGGAGGCGGGCAGGCAGGGCCCUGAGCCUGGCCGCCCUGCUCUAGAGUUCCCAGGCCCUGACCGGCCCGGAAGGCCAGGCCCCGCCCCCGCCCUCGCCCUGCCCCCCCAGCACUCAGUCUCCUGGGGGGCUGGGCCCCUGCUGGGUGCAGCAAAGGCUGCAAGUUGGGACUCGAGGCCACGUGUCUGCGAGGGCAGGUGGGGCUGGAGGGGAGUGCAGGGCGGGCGGCAUGGCGGGCGCUGAAGCAGAAGUCGAGGUGAGGGAGGAGGGUCUGGUGAGGGACAGCUGCCCGAGGGUGAGAUGAGCACUUGAGCAGGUCCUAGAGCAGGUCCCGCACCCAGGACACGGGGCUGACAGGCGCUGCUGGAGCACCUGCUUGGUGGUGGGCGACCAACGGGGCGAUGGGGCAAGGCCCCAAGCGAGCAGCCAGCGGCUGGCAGGUGCCAGCAGGCUGUGGACAGCCCCCCAGUGCAGGCCACCACUACCACACCCUGCAGGCUGCGUGCUCCUCCGUCCACCCUGUGACCCCAGGUGACCUGCUCCACCAGGCCCAGGGAGGAGGCAGGCGGUGGCCCCAGCACUCACAUGCCAUCUGCACAUCGGCCCGAAGGCCAGGUCCCUCCAGCGGCUGCUCUGAGCGUCCUCCUUGGGGUUGGCACAGGGCACUCCCAUCUCAGCCCUGUUAGGUGGGCUGCAGGGUGGGCACCGCCAGGGCUCGCAGAGGGACGGGGCCUGGGGCCUCCCUGACCCUUGCUGAGCAGAGGCCACUCUAACAUCUCAGGGUCAAGGUCAGAGCAAGCGCUGGAGGUAACUUGGGCUCCUGCCUGGCUCCUGGCAGGUCUCCAUGAGGCCAAGAGGACUGGGGUGUGAGUGACCGCCCAAGGUCACCAGCUGGGCCCACACUCCUGACUGUCCCCAGUCCCAGCAGGCCGCCCGGCCGAUGCUACCAAGACUACGGAGGCCUCCGCGAGGCAAAAGUCCACGAUGGCUCCGCCUCUGGAGCCCUGCCGGCCUGCUGUCAGCCCCGCCACCCGCUGUCCAGCUCCCCAAGACCAGCCGCCCUCACCCUGAGGCCCGGCCAGCAGGCCGCCCCCCUCAGGCCCUCGGCUCCCUGGAGAGGGGCCCACAGGUCGAGUGGCGGUGGGUCAGGGUCAGCUGGGCCUGCAGCCCACUCUGCCGCUGAGGGACUUGGCCCGGGGAGUGGUGUGGAGCGCUCCCCGCCCCCCACCCCCCACCCCCCAGGCUCCAGGGUCCCAGCGGGUCAACUCAGGAACUCACUCUGGCUGUUCAGACCCAGAGGGACAGUUCCCAGGGGUCCGUGCCCGCAGGUCCUGCCUGGCUAACCCAGGAGGUCUUCACGCCUCCGCCCCACGGCCACCUGCCCGCCCCCUGGUGGCCCUCAGCACAGCCUGGAGGCAGGGGCAGGCACUGACCCUCUGCCCAGGCUGUUCCCCACCCGUCUUCCUGUCCCCAAGCCCCAACCCGGUGCCCUGCACCCAAGGACACCCCGUUCCCCGAGUAAUAAAAGCCACAACCUGCAA